UGGCCUUUGUUUAGUUUUCUUUUAGUUGUUCACCGAAAUGCGUCUCAAAAAGCUGGGAAUGUCUCGUCACGAGAAAACCAAAUCCACGGGUGGCGGGCUCUUGGAUAGUCUGUUUGGAAGGCCCUCAAAAUCCAAAGGUGGAACGGUCAGCAGUGGAACCUUAACCCAUGGCGGACGACCAGUAUCAGCGGAUAAUUAUGUGGUGCCGGGCGUGGAAGAUUUUGAGCAGUAUAUCCAGCAGCUGACCGUUGCAGAGCUGGAUGCUAAAUUCCUGGAGAUCAUAGAGGAUAUGAACAUACCCAAGGAUAAGAGGGAGCCCCUGUUGGCUAAAUCCAAGGAGGAGCGGCAAAAGAUGAUUAUGUGGCACUUAAAAGGUAAAAACUCACUGGAGCGUAGCGCCAAUUCCCGGUUCGAGAAGCCCAUAGACUAUGUGGAGUAUCUGCAGAAUGGGGAGCACAGCACGCACAAGGUGUACCAGUGCGUGGAAUCUUUGCGCGUGGCCCUCACCAGCAAUCCGAUCUCGUGGAUCAAGGAAUUCGGGGUGGCGGGCAUUGGGGCAAUCGAGAAGCUGUUGGCUAAGUCAAAGAAGGAUGCCAGCUAUGAGAAGAUUGAGUUCGAGGCGAUUCGCUGCCUGAAGGCUAUCAUGAACAAUACGUGGGGCUUGAAUGUGGUGCUCAAUCCGGAUCAGCAUAGUGUGGUGCUGCUGCUGGCACAAUCUCUGGAUCCCCGCAAGCCGCAGACCAUGUGUGAAGCUCUGAAACUGCUGGCCUCCUUCUGCAUUGUCUACGAGCGUAAUGGCUAUGAGAAGGUGCUGCGAGCUAUUACCACAAUAGCAGCCACAUCCUUCAAGGCCAGCGAAAGAUUCCGACCCAUAGUGGAUGCUUUGUUUCAGGACCAACAGGAUCCCAAACGAGAGUUGGCUUGUCACAGUUUGAUUUUCAUUAAUACUCUCACAAAUACCCCCACGGACUUAAAUUUCCGACUGCAUUUGCGAUGUGAGAUUAUGCGGAUGGGUCUGUACGAUCGUUUGGAUGAGUUCACUAAAAUCGUGGAGGAAAGCAAUAAUGAGGCAUUGCAGCAGCACUUUAAGAUCUUCAACGAGAUUCGUGAGGACGACUUCGAGGAGUUUGUGCAGCGCUUUGAUAAUGUUACCUUCAAUAUGGAUGAUGCUACGGAUUGCUUCGAUGUGCUCAAAAACAUGGUGACUGACACCACUUCCGAACCCUACUUCCUGUCCAUCUUGCAGCAUUUGCUUUAUAUAAGGGAUGACUUCUACUUCCGACCUGCCUAUUAUCAACUAAUUGAGGAGUGUAUCUCGCAGAUUGUCUUCCACAAGGGCUACUGUGAUCCGAACUUCGAGAACAGGAACUUCAAUAUAGACACAUCUCUGCUGCUGGACGAUAUUGUGGAGAAGGCCAAGGCCAAGGAGUCGAAGCGAUCGGAGGAGUAUGAAAAGAAGAUCGAGCAGCUGGAAAGCGCCAAACAGGAAGCGGAGGCGAAGGCGGCUCAUCUUGAGGAGAAGGUCAAACUGAUGGAGGCUAAUGGUGUGGCGGCUCCGUCGCCCAACAAGCUACCCAAAGUGAAUAUACCCAUGCCACCGCCACCGCCAGGCGGAGGACCACCACCUCCACCGCCGCCACCAAUGCCGGGCAGAGCUGGGGGGCCACCUCCUCCUCCGCCACCUCCCAUGCCUGGAAUGGCUGGUGGACCGCCUCCGCCUCCUCCCAUGCCCGGAAUGGGAGGCCCACCGCCGCCACCCAUGCCUGGUAUGAUGCGCCCCGGCGGUCCACCACCGCCGCCCAUGAUGAUGGGCCCCAUGGUUCCGGUGCUUCCUCAUGGUCUUAAGCCUAAAAAGAAGUGGGAAGUCAAGAAUCCUAUGAAGCGGGCCAACUGGAAGGCUAUUGUUCCUGCCAAAAUGUCUGAUAAGGCUUUCUGGGUCAAGUGUCAGGAGGAUAAGCUGGCCCAGGAUGAUUUCCUUGCCGAACUUGCCGUGAAGUUCUCCUCCAAACCCGUGAAGAAAGAGCAAAAGGAUGCGGUGGACAAGCCAACGACGCUGACCAAGAAAAAUGUCGAUCUGCGUGUGCUGGACUCAAAGACUGCCCAGAAUUUGGCUAUCAUGUUGGGAGGAUCGCUGAAGCACCUAUCGUAUGAACAGAUCAAGAUUUGUUUACUGCGCUGCGACACCGACAUACUGUCUUCCAAUAUCCUGCAACAACUUAUUCAGUACCUACCGCCUCCAGAGCAACUUAAGCGUCUGCAGGAGAUUAAGGUCAAGGGAGAACCUCUGCCACCGAUUGAACAGUUCGCUGCCACGAUAGGGGAAAUCAAACGUCUUUCUCCGCGUCUUCACAAUCUGAACUUUAAGCUUACCUAUGCGGAUAUGGUGCAGGAUAUUAAACCCGAUAUUGUGGCAGGAACGGCAGCUUGCGAAGAGGUGCGAAAUAGCAAGAAGUUCUCAAAAAUCCUGGAACUUAUUCUUCUGCUUGGCAACUAUAUGAACUCGGGCUCCAAGAACGAGGCCGCUUUUGGCUUUGAGAUCAGUUAUCUAACUAAGCUGUCCAACACUAAAGAUGCGGAUAAUAAGCAGACAUUGCUGCACUACUUAGCAGAUCUGGUGGAGAAGAAAUUCCCAGAUGCCCUCAACUUCUACGACGAUCUAUCGCAUGUAAAUAGGGCGUCGCGGGUCAACAUGGAUGCCAUCCAAAAGGCGAUGCGGCAGAUGAAUUCUGCGGUAAAGAAUCUGGAAACUGAUCUGCAGAACAACAAGGUCCCACAGUGUGACGAUGACAAGUUUAGCGAGGUGAUGGGCAAGUUUGCCGAGGAAUGCAGGCAGCAAGUGGAUGUGCUGGGCAAAAUGCAGCUGCAAAUGGAGAAGCUGUACAAGGAUCUCAGCGAGUACUAUGCCUUUGAUCCCACCAAAUACACUAUGGAGGAGUUCUUUGCGGACAUCAAGACCUUCAAGGAUGCUUUCCAAUCGGCACACAACGACAAUGUCCGUGUACGCGAAGAGCUGGAAAAGAAACGACGUCUGCAGGAGGCACGGGAACAGUCGGCACGGGAGCAACAGGAGCGGCAGCAGCGUAAAAAGGCUGUGGUUGACAUGGAUGCCGCGCAGACGCAAGAAGGCGUGAUGGACAGUCUCUUGGAGGCGCUGCAAACGGGCUCCGCCUUUGGUCAGCGCAACCGACAGGCCCGGCGACAGCGUCCAGCUGGAGCGGAACGGAGGGCCCAACUCAGUCGGAGUCGUUCGCGAACCCGAGUUACCAACGGACAGCUGAUGACCCGCGAGAUGAUCCUUAAUGAGGUUCUAGGCUCCGCGUAGAAAUGAUAAAACAAGCAAUUUCCCUCUGUACAUAUAUAAAUAGACAUCUGUAGCGAUCUAAGGGCCUAGGAUCAUUAGUUGUGUACAUCUGUGAAUCCGUGUGUGUAGCCUUGUUUACAUAUCAACUCGAUUGACGUGACCACAAGAUUUAACGAUAGAUUGGAUGGUCAGCAGUAAAAACUAAGUACUAAAUGACGGGGGCUAGUCGUAGAUCGAUGUUCGAAAAAAUACAUUGCUGAUAAGUAGGAGUCGUGGGUUCAUUUUGACCAAAAGUUAGUUCAAUUUUUAGAAGUUUUGAUUUUAAUUGGAUUUUUAAUAGAUUUGUUGAUAACUUAUAACAUUUUGUAUAAGAUAUAAAUUUUUAAAAUUGAAAUUCGUGUGCACAAAGCAAUUUACAAAACAAAAAAUUUGAGUAUAUUUAAGUAAACAGAUUGGCUGGCCGAUUUAAGUUCCCAUCUUAACCUAAGUAAAUCCAUUUAUUCUAGACUUAUAAAAGGUGAAGUGUAUAUUAAAUUUAGGAACUGACUUUAUAUUUAAGUACCAACCUUAUACAAAAAUAUAUUGUGAAAAUAGUAAAGAGAUAGUUUCCGAAGCGCCACCGUUUGACACUUAAAUAUUGUAAAGCAAUUUCUACGAGUCCAGGAAUCAGCAAUGUAUCAAAAUCGAAUAAUUCAACAUCCGCUACCCAAUAUGAAAAAACAUAUAUUUUUAUACGCUUUUACUUCUGAAACUGAAAACCCGGUUAAUGAUGCCUAUUCUUAUUCUAAAUACUUGUAAAAGGAACUGAGAAACCAAGUCAGAAUAUUAUUUAUCAAUUGAUAUAUGUCUUGUGGUUCUAUACACACUCUAUUCCUAUUCUACUGUGGCAUGUUCCGAUCAUUUUGUUGUGCACUUCGUUUUCGAGGCACUCACUAGGGCGAGAUUUAUAUCAAAAUGAAAUUCCUUUUGUAUUUAAUUUGUUUUUAAGCGAAACUCUUUUAAAUUUGUUUAUUUUAAUUCCCUUAAUCCAUGCUAUACAUAACAUUGUUAAUUAAUGCCUAUUUUUUUGGACAAUGAUCGUAUAUUGAAAAUAAACUUUUACCAAAACUUUAAAAAUAAUA